AUGUCCAAUCAGCCGAGCCAGACGCCAACAACGAAUAACCCUUCUCGCCGCCAAGCACUAAACGCUUGCGAAGCUUGUCGAAAAAGAAAGACAAAAUGUGACGAGAGGAAACCCGCUUGUGCUCGAUGCAGCCGCUUGGGUCUUGAGUGCAUGUACAUUGAGACUGUCGCGGCUAAGAAGAACCUUUCGAUCGAGGAGCUGACGGGUACCUUGAAACGCAUGGACGAGAAACUCGAUGUCCUCACAGCUGUCGCUCAACGUCAAGCGCCUACGACGGCAUCAACUCCGGGAGACAGCCACUUUGCUGCUUUUAGUCCCUUGAAUCUCGGCAGUACAGGGGUUUCUCAAAAUGCUUCAACCCCAUUUCUCGACACAGGCCGAGUGCUUGAAGAACUCUCACUAUCUCAACGACAUUCCACCGCCCCACAGCAUCUCCUCACCUGGCCUUGCUCGACUCUGUCAAUGAGCGAACCGAAUCUUCAGUACCCGAUGGAGUUGGAGAUAAACCGACCUAGCUUAUCUCGCUCGACAGUACCACCCCGUUGCCUUGAACCUUCAACUUCACCUAGCGGGGAGUCUUGGCUAUCACGACUGUCCUUGUCUCAAGUCAGCUUACUGACGCAGUCGUAUUUCCAGCACUUCCAUCCGUCAUGCCUCAUCUUGAAUGAGUCUCUAUUCUACUCACAGGUUCUAAGCAACGCCGUUCAGACCAGCUUUGCGCCGAACUAUAGCUCGUGCACGGUUCUGCUUGUCUGUAGCUUAGGGUCCAUUGUUGCUCACUACUCCGGACAUGAUGAGUGGUCAUCAGGUAAUGAGCAAGAUGUCGGCCUCGGUUUCUUCAAUUUGGCAAAUGAUAUGUUCCGUGAUUUGGAGAGGUGUGAUUGGGAGAGCGUCCAGUGCCUGCUUCUGAUGGGUCUGUUCUAUUCUGCCAAACUCAGGGUAUAUGAUGCCUGGCAAGCCAACCAUAAAGCUUGUUGUACUGUCUCAGUACUCGUGCCACUGCAACGCACAGUAGAGGCGCAACAUUGCCAGCUAUUCUGGAUUGCAUAUCUUCAGGAGAGCCAAAUUCUCGCAGAGUUCGACUUUCCAGCCAGCGGGCUUGGGAAGCUCGCUAGCAGUAUGCCUCUACCCGUCGUCCCUGGAGCAGGCGCCGACCCUUGCCACGCUCAGUACCAGUUCUUCUUCUUAGCUCUCAUUUCAAUGCGAAAGUUGUUAAACCGAAUUUUGUUCCACCUUUAUAGCCGAGACCAUACCGAAGACCCCGCAAACGGAGAACCGACACAGGCCGAUAAGCCUGCCGCGUUUCUAUCGGUAUCGCCAUCGGUGAUGUUCGAGCUCGACCGUCAGCUUGAAGAGUGGAGAACCUGUUUGCCCCAGGGACUCGAGUUUCUACCUUACUCAGAGGCUCAACUUGCAGAAGUCCCCGAAUUUAAUCAAACUCAGUCGACGGAUGAGAGACUCCGAGACCAUCUGAUGGCUCGCUACUUCGCGGCAAAGUCCAUCAUUCAUCGACCAUACGUCUACAAAACACUGCAUCACGGCGCUACGACCUCUCUUAGUGAUGCCGACACCGCAGGCGCGCGUACAGCCGUUGGUAGCGCGUUGAUGUCUGUGGUAGCAAGUGGAAUCUUACAUGAGCCGUUGGUACUGUUGCUUCAUCCUAUCAAUUCUUGCAGAAGGUAUGGUACUCCAUCAUAA